UGUUUCCUUUUCCCUAAAAUCCUAGGGUUUAGGGUUUUUCCAAUUCGCUAAAUUAUUAACCGGCCGGGAAUGGGGAAGAAGAAGCAGAAGUUGGUGCUGCCGCCGGAGCUUCCUCCCGAAGUUCCCGAGGAAGAGGUUGAAGUGUCAGAUGAGGACGUACAGUUCGUCAAAGAGAAUUUGGAAUACGCUGGUUUCGUUUCCAAUUUGGACACUCAUUCCAUCACCAAGCAUGUUACGCGUGUGGCUGAUGCGAACGAGGAGGCGUUGGAAUCAUUAUACGAGAAAAGGUUGAGAAAAAAGCUGGAAAACAAAGAGAAAGAGCAGAAUGCACUGGAGGUCGAUCCCGUUGAUGCACUUCCGGUGAAAACUUUGGAUGGACAGCUUUACUAUAGAAGGGUGACAAAGGAGCCUAAAGCUGAAGAGGAAUCAAAAGAAGGCGAAUCUAUUAGUAAGGAUCCUGGUUUGGUCAAGUUGACAAAAGCAGAGAAGCGUGCGAAGCAUAAAAAAUUGAGGAAAGAGGCAAAGAAACAAGCCAAGGAGGAAGUGCAGCAAACACCUCAGGCUGAAGUGUUGGAUGAGGUGAAAAAGGAUCUCACAGCUGAAGAAGCCAGUGAGAGCAAGAAAUAUAAGCUUGCUGAGUUGGGAACCGCGUUACUUGCUGAUCCAGAAUCCAAUAUUAAGCAUAUAAAGGAGAUGCUGGAGAUUUCAAAAGAUGGAGAUGCUGCCAUUGUCAUUCUUGGACUAAAAUCCUUAUUGGCUGUUUUUAAGGAUAUCAUUCCUGGCUACCGGAUCAGACUACCUACUGAAAAGGAGCAAGAGAUGAAGGUUUCGAAGGCUGUCAAGAAAAUGCGAUUUUAUGAGUCCACUCUUCUGUCUGCCUACAAGGCGUAUGUUCAGAAGUUGGUAGCACUGCAACAACAGCCUGUUUAUAAGCGAGUAGCUGUCCGUUGCUUAUGUACUUUGCUUGCAGCGGUACCCCACUUUAACUUUCGUGAGAGCUUGCUGGCCGCAGUUGUUAAAAAUAUAAGCUCCGAUGAUGAUGUUGUAAGAAAGCUGUGCUGUGAAACUGUAAUGUCACUUUUUUCUAAUGAGGGGAAACAUGGUGGUGAGGCCACUGUGGAGGCCGUUAAAAUGAUUGCAGAACUUGUUAAAGCUCACAACUGCCAACUGCAUCCUGAUUCUGUCGAAGUCCUUUUGUCUCUGUCAUUUGAUGAGGAUCUUGGAAAACCAGAAAAUCCAGAUGCAGAUAGCAGAACCAAAAACAAGAAAUCCAAGAAGAGAAAGGGUUUGGAUGAGCCAAAUCAUAUACCAGAUAAUGAGAGGAAGAAGAUUCGGAAAGAGAUGAUUUCAAAGACUCGAGAGGAGGUAAGUGCAGAUUUCAAAGCUGCUUCAUAUGCUCAAGAUCCCCAAGAGCGAAGAAGGGUGCAGUCAGAGACGCUUUCAGCUGUAUUUCAGACAUUCUUUCGGAUCUUAAAGCAUGCUAUGCAGCCAGGGUUAGGAGCCAAUACUGCGCCUGGUGCAUCGGGAAGCCAUCCCCUGCUUGCUCCUUGUUUGAAUGGAAUAGGAAAAUUUUCUCAUCUAAUUGACUUGGAUUUUAUGGCUGAUCUCAUGCGAUGUCUGAGAAAACUUGCUGGAAGCGGCAUACAGUCGGUUGAUUUAUCUGAGAAUUCGUCUUGUCAAUUAACAGUGUCUGAACGGUUGCGCUGCUGUAUUGUUGCUUUUAAAGUGAUGAAGAACAAUCUAGAUGCUCUGAAUAUUGAUUUACAGGAGUUCCUUGUCCAGUUUUACAAUCUGAUACUAGAGUACCACCCAGGAAGGGAUCAGGGAGAGGUGUUAGCCGAAGCUUUCAAGAUAAUGCUGUGUGAUGAUAGACAGCAUGAUAUGCAACGUGCUGCUGCCUUCAUAAAGCGCUUGGCCACAUUUUCACUAUGCUUUGGAUCGGCCGAGUCCAUGGCUGCAUUGGUUUCUGUAAAGCAUCUUCUUCAGAAGAAUGUCAAAUGCCGUAAUCUGUUGGAAAAUGAUGCUGGAGGUGGAUCCGUUGCUGGUGCUAUUGCUAAAUACCAACCUUAUGCCACGGACCCUAACCGGAGUGGUGCACUAGCUUCAGUUCUUUGGGAGCUUAACCUUCUAAUGAAGCAUUAUCAUCCAGCUGUUUGUUCAAUCGCGUCUAGUAUAUCAACCAUGAACACUUCCAACAACCAGGUUUACCACUCCCAUGUCUCCCCGCUACAGGCCUAUAUGGAAUUAUCACAAGAAAACAAGUCCUUUACUGCACCUGGUGACAUAAAAAGAGCAAGCAACAAGAGAAAGAGGGGAAAUGACACCUUGCCCGUCAAAAUUGGAUCAGACCUCAAUCUGAUGGAUCAGGUUGACGAGAAUGAGGUUAGAAAGAAACUCGCUGAGCACUUCUUGUUGCUACGCGAUAUUCAAGAGAAUGAGAAAUUAAGGUCUGAGUUAGACCGUACAACAUUGGCGUUAAACCUCUAUGAACAUUACAAAAAGCAAAAGAAGAGAAAGACAAGAUAGCUGAAAGUUACAGCAGAUGCAUGGUAAAAAACGUUUCACUAUUUUACAUAAUGGCCCCGGGCAGUUUUGUUGUUUACAGCCUACUUGCUUAAUGUUAUAAGAGGCUAAAGAUUGAAUGUUUUCUCACUUUUCCGCUAGAGAUAAAAUUUGAUUAAUCUGAGAAAAACAUGUUUGUCA